UUUGGUAGUGAUAUGACUAGAGUAUAUGUUAAUUAUUCUGGUGUGAUAGAUUGGGAACCAGACUACACCCUCACAACAGGCUGUAAAAUAGACGUAACAAUGUUCCCAGUUGAUGUUCAGAAUUGCUCAAUUAAUAUAAUAUCAUGGAUGACAACCGAUAGAGAUAUAAAAGUUUCCGCGUCUGAAAUGGACCUAUCCAGUAUUAUAGCUGAUAAUGGUCAAUUUGAUAUUCUGUCCACCAAUGUAUCGGAGCAACAGUAUCCAUUAUCAGGGAAUCCAUCACAGCUAUUACAUACCACUAUAUUUCAUUUGUAUCUGAAGAGAAAAGCAACAUUCUACUUAAUGAAUGUGGUCGGUCCAAUAUCUGUUAUUGCAUUCCUAUGCGGUAUGAGUUUCUUGGUACCACCUGAAAGCGGAGAGAAGCUUACAGUUGCCAUUACUGUACUGUUGUCUUUGACUGUAUUCCUGGGUGCCAUCAGUGACCUAUUACCU